AUGUUUGUUUAUAUUGAGGGCGUUAUAGAUCCAAACGGGCAACAUACAAUUACGUUGUGGAAAGGGUGCGCGAUAAACUUCAAGGUUGGAAAGCUUAAACUUUUGUCCCAAGCGGGACGGGAAAUUCUUCUUAAAUCGGUCGCCCAGGCAAUUCCCUCCAAUGCAAUGUCUUGCUUUUUACUCCCCAAGAAUUUGUGCUCUGAAUUGAAUGCACUUUUGAGCAAUUAUUGGUGGAAAGGUGACUUUGACAACAAAGGUAUUCAUUGGGCAACGUGGGACAAACUAACAAUGCCUAAACUCCAAGGCGGAAUGGGUUUCCGCGAUUUUCGCUCUUUUAAUAGAGCUCUGUUAGCUCGUCAAGGGUGGUGGCUUAGUCGGUUUCCUAACUCCUUCUGUGCUCAAAUCUUCAAGGGUCGGUAUUACCCUCAGUCAAAUUUUUGGACUGCCAGAAAAGGUCUGCGGGCAUCAUGGGCAUGGACUAGUCUUCUGGAGGGUCAAGAGGUAUUAAAGAGAGGGGUCAGAUGGCAAGUGUUUAAUGGGAAAUCCAUUAAUUUCUGGAAUGAUAAAUGGGUAACUUUCUCUCCAAACUUCUGUGUCAAAUCUCAGAAACCUUUGGGAUGUCAGCUAACGAAAGUGAGUGAGGCAAUUAACCACAAUACCAACUGCUGGAAUGUAAAUGUGCUGCAGAGUGUGAUCUCAAAGGAUGAGGUUGAUAAGAUUUGUUUGAUUCCAAUUGCGACUGAGCCUCAAGAUGAUCGUCUCAUUUGGCAUCAUGAUCCGAAAGGACUCUACUCAGUUAAGUCCGGAUACCGGGUGGCAGUCACGGAAUCAGUGCACCAAUCCGAAACUUGA